AUGAAAUCCUCAUCAGCCAAACACACAAUUUUGGUGUCGACACUUGCCCUUUCCGCUUGCUUCCUCCCCACAAGCGACCUCAUUCCCAGAAGCACCGACCAGCAGAGACUUUGCCAGUCAAUCACAAGCGCGACAAUUGCAUACGACUACGACAGACACUUCUCCAACGGAAAAUUGCCAGAAGAGGCGAAACUGCUGCAUGUCGGGCUUUGGUCUAAGCUGUUCCGCAUAUUUGGCCGCGACCACGGCCACGCAGCCUACCACACGAUGAGAUCUGGAACUAUGAGAAGGGAGCGACUGCAAAAAGUGGACGGGAUCGACCCUGCCACGCUGAUCAUUGAGUUACGGCGGAUGCUCGAAAGCGACGACACCCAAGUCAUGCACGUGAAUGCAGAUGUGCACAGAGCAGUGGCUGAUCUUGCACUCUGGGCAGAACUGUUGGUCCAGUGCCGUGCAUACGCACCUACCAUCUUUUUCCACCGAGUCCCGGAAACUAGCAGGAUUGAAGAGGCGGAUACUGUCAAUGUUCUAUUUGAUCUCUGGGCCAGCAAGGAGCUCGCACACCUUACAAAUCCCGCACAAGAUGAGAAAUUCGUGCGUCUCGGCCACACAGCCCAUCACAGCCUCGACAAUUUGGAGUCCCCGAUAGACAAGCCACGGAACAAAGCCAGAAAUGCCACCAUGCAGGCCUCCGAGGCCAACCUGGACAAGUUUUGGGAUGUCGCUUUGGCCGUCAAAGGAGAAUCUGCUAGGACACAGAAUUGGACAGAGACCGCUCCCAGUACUGCCAUGGCUCCCAUCAACACCAGAUCGUGUGAAGUCAAUCUCAACUUUGGCGAGGAAAGGGAGACGCCAACCCAAAAUAUGGCUCAGCGCUCCAAACAGAAGUCUCGUUCUCGAAAGGAGUCAGAAGACGAGACCAUCAGUUCUGAGAAUAAGCCAAACGUCUCAGACAAGAAGCAGGUUGAAGUGGAUGCGGCACAGCAGAACAAGCCUGUCUUCCAUAUCGACUCGCGAGCAUGGAGAAUUUUUGACAGUGCGAUGUUCUCCGCUGGCAAAGGCCGUGAUCCGCCUUCGACGAUACGAUGGCCAGACUUUCUCCAUGAAAUGACCUAG